CUAUGAUAAAUUUUCGUUUUUCGUCUUCAGUAUUUAAGGAUAAAGUGCGUACAUAAUGUAUUUUAAAAUAAUUGUUUAGUUUGAGUGCAAUUCUACUCGUCUGCAAUUUUAUUUUAUUAGCUAUAAGUUUAAAUUAAAACUUAUAAUAAGUAUAUUUUACAUAAACCAGUAUUUAAUAAAACAUUAAUUUUAUUGUGAGGAAAGAUCAAGUGAGGCAAAAGUGCAGACCGGUUUUACAUCACUAUUUGCAGACGAGCUAGCAGUUAUUAGUCUGAUUUGAACUGUGGAUAACAUAACAUAAAAGAUAAAGUAAAUAGUGUGUUCUGUAAAGAUGUUCAAAUUAUAUAGUUUAGUUUUAUUCAGUAUAAUAUUUAGUUUUUGUAUAGCUGCUGGUGAUGUAGGUGAUAAAUGUUUAACAAAUGAUGAUGAGGAUGGAAUGUGCAUACUGAUAACAGAUUGUGCUGUCGCCUUAAAUGAUAUUCGGAAUAGGAAUUAUCACAAAUACAAGAGAUGUGGGUUCAAAGAUAUUACAGAAAUUGUAUGUUGUCCACAAAAGCCUGUUGAUAGAUAUGGAGAAACUACUCGGAAAAAUGUAAGGGUUGCAGAUAUAGAAUGCAAGAAAAUAACAGAUGUUGUCAUCCCACCAUUGGAUUUGCAUAUCAUUGGAGGGGAUGCGGCAUCAGUAGGGGAAUUCCCUCAUAUGGUUGCGUUGGGCUACCCUGAAGGCGAUGGGUACAACUUCAUGUGUGGUGCGACAUUGUUAUCAGAUUCAUUUGUGUUGACUGCAGCUCACUGCGUAGAUACCAUAGACCAAAUAAAACCUGCAAUAGCAAGGCUUGGUGUUGUUGAACUGGGCAAUGCUGCUCGGAACAACGAGACAGAUGUCGACAUCGCGGAGAUUAUUGUGCAUCCCAAUUACACCAGGCGGUUCAAAUACCACGAUCUAUCACUCAUAAGGUUAUCGAAACGUGUGGAAUUCUCGAGCAUACUGAGCCCGGCUUGCCUGUACACCAGCCAGCAGGACCCCACCGUGCCUCUCACCAUCACCGGCUGGGGCAAAACCAGCACCACGAGAAACGUCCGCAGCAACAUGUUGUUAAAAGCGAAGGUUACAAUCGUUGUAAGGGAAAAAUGCAAUGAAGACUAUUCAAUGUGGCGAAAAUUGCCCAACGGCAUCGCUGAAGAGCAGCUGUGUGCUGGCGACCCGCAGGGACUCCGCGACACCUGCCAGGGUGACUCCGGUGGGCCGCUGCAAGCGCUGACCGAGGCGGACGGGCAUUAUCGCGUUGUGGGUGUGACGUCAUUCGGUCGCGGCUGCGGCUCCCCCGUGCCCGGCGUCUACACGCGACUCUCGCUCUACCUCGACUGGAUAGAGAGCGUCGUGUGGCCACAAAACUAAUGCCAACAUAACAUAGACUGCACUCACUGAUACCAACAUGACACAAAGAGUCGUCACUGAUACAAUUAAUCCACACAACAUGAAAAGUCGUCACUAAUACCAACAUAACACGAAGUAUACUAAUACCAACAUGACAUGGACGACUUUCGGAAAAGGAUAGGAAAUUUUGGCACACCCUUAAAAGUUGCAAGCGCUCUGUCAGUGUCACAAAACUGUCAUAAGAUGCUUCUGGGAUUAUACAUUAUGUAUACAAUAUGAUGUUAUGUUGGUAUUAGACUUUACACUCUGACUUACCAGUGAGAUGUAAUAAUCUGUUCUCGAUAGAUAGAAAAUAAUAUCAAAUUAAGUUAAUUUAUAUAAUUUUUUCUGAUUUAUCGUUAAAGUAGCGUUAUAAGAAUAAUACAAAAUUAACAAAACUGUUUAUAUGUAAAUGUAACACUAGUUAUGACAAAUAUGUGAAUUAGCCCAAUUUUGUCACACGAAUAUGUAUUCUUUAUACAAUGUUAAUAUGAUACGUAGUAAGAAAAUCUUAAAAGUCGAAUUUAUAUCAAAAAGUUUCACUGAGAACAAAUAUAUUUUAUGAUUUGACAGAUUUUUUGACAGAACUAAUUAGUGUUGCCAACAUUUCAUAUCAGAGUAAAACAAGACUUUGUAGCCCGUCACUAGUUUUUAAGUGUGAACGACUCUUUCUGUGGUUAUUUAGCAUUUAUAGCUGUAGUGUCUAUAGAAAAUCUUCUAAUUUUAUAACAAAGUUGUCCGAAAAAGUUAUUAUUUAAAAAAAAACUCCCACGGCGUCUCGGAAACUCGUCCUGUGCCAAUAAUUUAUGUUUAUAGUCAAACAAGAAUACCUUAGGCGAUAAGAAGUGCUGCUGUCGGGUUUAAUUCUGUCAAAAAAUAUGUAAAACCUACAUGGCCAUAGAAAAUUGUAAAAAAAACUUAGCUACAGUAUGAAACGGAUCUUACGAAAGUAAUUUUACGGGUGAUAGUGAGCUAUCGUAAUUUAGUUUCACUUAUGCCCACCAGGACAAAUAUCCUUGACAAUUUAUACAUUUAUCCGAAAUUCUUACGGUAAAGGAAAUCAUCGUGGUUUAACCUGCACAUAUCUGCAAAGAAAUUCAAUGAUAUAUGUGAAGUCGACCCGUACUAGGCCAGCGUUGUAAUUAUAAUAUGCGCGGGAAAACCAAAAGUAAGAAAAAAAUCUAAUGAUAAAAUCCUUUUUUUUUUAAUAAUUGUGCCAUUUUGCUUAUCACUCUAUAUUCAUAAUAAGAAUACAUAAAUUUACGCGCUUUUAAUGAAUUUACCACAACGACCAUACAAAAUUAGUGAAAUUUUUACUUUUGACUCCGCAGAAUGUUAUUUCUUUCGCACAAAGCACUAAAAGCCAUAUAUUGUAGGUUGUGUGACAGAGACAACGCUCUACGAAGUUCAAUUCAUACUCCUCCCAAAAUUGGAAAUUUAUUACUACGGUACGUGAUAUAUAUUUGUAAAGUUUAACUAAUAGUAUAUGUUUAAUAUUAAUAUAAUAAAUGUUUUUAUAAGUUUUAUAAAAAAAAAUUACCACAUUUAUUUACCAUCAACUGACGUAGAGAGAAAUACUCACCAUAGUUUUUCUUAGUGGCACUAAAAAAAAAAAUAUAUGUUUGAUGA